AUGCUGAGAUUUAGAGUUUUUCUUUUAUUAACUAUAUUUAUUUUUUCAUCCAAAUGUCAAAAUCAAUCGAUUAUUAAACAAGAACAAUCUUUAUGUAUUUAUAAUAGCAGUUAUAUUAUACCAUUAUUUACUACACGAAUUGUACGUAUGACGUUGAAUCAAACUCGACUUAAACAAUUGAACAUUCAUACAAUACGUAUACGUGCGUUUAUUCGAAAUAAAAAAGUAGCAGAAUUUCAAGAUCAUCGUAAUUCAAUUGAAAAAGUUUUUCAUUUAAUGAAAAAAACCGAACAAUAUGAUAAUAAAUCAAUAAUAAAUUAUGAUUUAAAAAUAUAUGCAAAAUAUAUAAAUCAAACAGAUAUUCAUUAUUUUACUGAAUUUAUUAAUAUAAAAAGUCAUAUUCAUACUAUCAAUUGUUCGAUUAUUUUAAUUAUAUCACAGCCACAACGUUUAAGAGAUAAAAUAUUUAAAAAUUUCUUGCCAUUUAUACUUAUGCUUAUAGCAAUUCAAAUGGGUAUAUUACUUGAUAUAGAAGUUUUAAAAGAAUUAAUUCAUCGACCAAUACAAAUUUCAAUAGGUUUGGUUUGUCAAUACAUUUUGAUGCCAUUAAUUGCUUUUUCUAUAUCAAAUUUUUUUCAACAUGAGCCAUUAUAUAGUCUUGGUUUAUUUGUUCUUGGAUGUUGUCCAGGUGGAUCAGCAUUAAAUCAAUGGACAGUUCUAUUUGAUGGUGAUCUUAAUUUAUCAGCAAUCAUGACAUUUGCAUCAACAGUUGCAUCAUUUUUUAUGAUGCCAUUAUGGUUAUAUACACUUGGACAAUAUGCUUUCUUACGUCAACUUAAAAUUCGGAUAUCAUUUUUGAAUUUAUUGCAAUCAUUAUUAACAAUCAUUCUACCAAUGGGAUUAGGAAUGCUUAUUAGUCAUUUUAUUCCAAAAUUAAAACCAAUAAUAAAAUGUAUUUUGAAACCAACGUUAAUAUUCUUUACAUGUUAUUUCUUUAUAUUUGCUGCUUUUGUUAAUUAUCAUUUACUUUUUUAUAUUGACUUAAAAACAGCAUUAACAAUACCUUUAUUACCAUGGUCAGGAUUUUUAUUGAGUUGUUUAUUUGCUUGGAUUUGUAGACAAGAUUGGAAACGAAUUAUAACAAUUGGAAUUGAAACAGGUAUUCAAAAUAUUGGAAUUGCGUUUAUGGUUUUACUUUAUUCAUUGCCAGCACCAGAAAAUAGUCGAGCUACUGUCAUUCCAUUCAUUGCUUCCUAUGCCUCAGUUCAACCAUUCUAUUUUAUCCUUAUUUAUCAACUCAUACGUCGAAAAUGUUGUAAAACACAACGAGUCGUUCAUCGUAUAUCGAUUGAUACAUUAAGUAAAACAACUUUUGAGUUAAGUGAAGCAGAAGAUGAAACAUGUGAGGAAAUACUUCAAACAAAAAAAGUUUCAUUACCAAUGAUAACCUUAGAUGCAUCUGUCGAUGCAAAAUCUACUUAA